AUGGCGGAAGUGACUUAUAUUCGAAAUCCCUACCCCCUGCCGGAUAUAGUUCGCGAAGGAGUGUGGAUACAACGACCUGUACUAGGUAAUAAAGUUUCACCGAAGGAUAAAGACUGGAGUGCCAAGUUAAAAGCUCAUGAACGUCUCUUUGCGCAUCAUACGCUAAAUAGUAUCCGGAAAGAUAAUAGGCUUAAGAGAUCGCAGGUCCCAAAUGAUGCCCUGGAUCUGGCACUUACAACAGUAUAUAUUCACAGCAAAGACACAUUGGUGCCCAAGUCCUACGUCCCUGUACAGCCAGAAACAUUAGGAAAGAAAACCUGGAGAGUUUUAAAAAAUCAAAUCGCGGUCGAGAAGGAACCGGAAGUUCCGGAGGACGCGCAAGACCCGGUGACGCUGUUCCUGAAGAAAUCGGAGUGUCAUCGUGGCCCGGUGCCAGAGAGACGAAUCCACCCGAGUAGCGUGAAAUUAAAUAUCAGCGGACCUCACUCGGUUCAAUCUAAUCCCGGAUACAGUCGCAAAAUCGACGGAACUUUUUACAGUAUUUAA